AUGUCGGAUUCAAUGUCAAGAAUGUUGCUGUCAAGGAUCUCAAGCGUGGUUACGUUGCCUCAAACUCCAAAGGAUGACCCUGCCAAGGGAGCUGCUAACUUCACAUCCCAGGUCAUCAUCAUGAACCACCCUGGUCAGAUCGGUAACGGAUACGCUCCAGUGCUCGAUUGCCACACAUCUCACAUUGCAGUCAAGUUCUCUGAGAUCUUGACCAAGAUUGACAGACGUUCUGGUAAGGAGCUCGAGAAGGAGCCCAAGUUCUUGAAGAACGGUGACGCUGGUAUGGUUAAGAUGACUCCCACCAAGCCAUGGUGGUCGAGACUUCUCGAGUACCCUCCAUUGGGUAGGUUCGCCGUCAGGGACAUGAGGCAGACCGUUGCUGUUGGUGUCAUCAAGAGUGUCGACAAGAAGGACCCAACCGGAGCCAAGGUGACCAAGGCCGCCGUUAAGAAGGGUGCCAAGUGA